GUUAAUCAGUCACUGCCCCUGGCUGGGCAAGGGGCACUUGGUAGACCUGCCCCCAAAGCCCCUUUACUUGCUCUAGAAACGGCUAGGGAUUCAUGAUGCUUCGGACCUGUCGUGUGCUCUGUUCCCAAGCUGGACCCUCCGCUGGGGGCUGGAAGCCCUUGAAUUUUGAUGGAGGGGCUUUUCACCUCAAAGGCACAGGAGAACUGACACGAGCUUUGCUGGUGCUGCGGCUGUGUGCCUGGCCCCCUCUGGUCACACAUGGCCUGGCGCUCCAGGCCUGGUCUCGGCGACUCCUGGGCUCCCGGCUCUCGGGUGCCCUUCUCCGAGCGUCUAUCUACGGGCAGUUUGUGGCUGGUGAGACAGCAGACGAGGUGAGGGGCUGCGUCCAACAGCUCCAGGCCCUAGGCCUCCGGCCCCUGCUGGCAGUACCCACUGAAGAGGAGCCAGACUCAGCUGUCAAGACGGGUGAGGCCUGGUAUGAAGGGAACUUCAGUGCUAUGCUUCGGUGUGUGGACCUGUCACGUGGCCUCCUGGAUACCCCUGGCCCAACUGGGAACAUCCUCAUGCAGCUGAAGGUGACGGCACUGACCAGCGCUCGGCUCUGUAAGGAGCUAACCUCCUGCAUCAGAAAACCAGGGGCUUCCUUGGAGCUGAGCCCCGAGAGGCUGGCAGAAGCCAUGGACUCUGGGCAGGAUCUCCAGGUCUCCUGCCUCAGCGCAGAGCAAAACCGGCAUCUCCAGGCCUCUCUGAGCCGCCUGCACCGGGUGGUCCAGCACGCCCGGGCCCAGCAUGUGAGGCUCCUGGUGGACGCUGAGUACACCUUCCUGAACCCGGCUCUCUCUCUGCUGGUGGAUGCCCUGGCCAGGCGCUGGAACAGUCCUGGGGAAGGCGGGCCCUGGGUGUGGAACACUUACCAGGCCUAUCUGAAGGACACACACGAGCGGCUGAGGCAGGCCGCGGAGGCUGCUGACAGGGCUGGCCUGGCCUUCGGAGUCAAGUUGGUACGAGGGGCAUAUCUGGACAAGGAGAGACAGGUGGCUCGGCACAAAGGGACAGAAGACCCCACUCAGCCAGACUAUGAGGCUACCAGUCGGAGUUACAGCCGCUGUCUGGAGCUGAUGCUGACCCAUGUGUCCCACCGUGGCCCCAUGUGCCACCUCAUGGUGGCUUCCCACAAUGAAGAAUCUGUUCGCCAGGCAACCAAGCGCAUGUGGGAGCUGGGCAUUCCUCUGGACGGGCCUGUCUGUUUUGGACAACUUCUAGGGAUGUGUGACCACGUCUCCUUGGCACUGGGGCAGGCCGGCUAUGCGGUGUAUAAGUCCAUCCCUUAUGGUUCCCUGGAGGAGGUGAUCCCCUAUCUGAUCCGGAGGGCCCAGGAGAACCGGAGCGUGCUGCAGGGUGCCCGCAGGGAACAGAAGCUGCUCAGCCAAGAACUUCGGAGGAGAGUGCUGGGUCGUGGCCUGAGGGUACCCCAUUAGAAUCCCCAGGAGUCAUGUGGUUAAUAAAGAUCCUGAGCUAGGGAUGCCUGGGUGGCUCAGUGGGUUACGGCCUCUGUCUUCAGCUCAGGUCAUCGUCCCAGGGUCCUGGGAUCGAGCCCCUAUAGGGCUCUCUGCU